AUGCUACUCGAGAUUACCCAAACUCGUGGUGGUGGCGGUGUUCACCAGCUGCCAUCCGGCAUUCGAACAUCAUCAAAUCACCUGAUGUGGAUGUGCUCUGAAAAAGUUCCUGAAUACACAGACGAGCAAAAACAAUACAGUUGCGAAGAAAUCGGAGAGCUUGAAAAUGGACUGGUCUUCUGCACUUCUGAUAACUCUGUUGGCUCCGUUUGUCAGGCCUUUUGCUCGGCUGGAUAUAAAUUGAACGGACCAGCGAGAAGAUAUUGCAUGUAUGAAGAGUUUGCUGCUUCGCCGAUUCGAUGGAGUUCUGACAAAGAAAUUGCCUGCAAUCGAAAGCAGCUCGAUUCGAGUUGCUUGUUCAAUAACGGCGGAUGCUCGCACAAAUGUAUCGACAGAGGAUUCGGCGAAAUCGAAUGCACUUGUCCUUGUGGCUCAUUUUUGGACGAAGAUGAGAAAACUUGCAAGGCAGCAGAAACUUGUCCGUUGGAUGUAACAAUCGCAGUUGACACAAGGGACAGAGUUUGUGGAGACAAUCGAUUCAUUGGUGUUAUUACUAGGACAUUGAAUGGGAUUUUCUCCGUUUUAGAUGGAAACUUGCCGGUCAAAAGCUUCAGAAUCAUCUAUCUAAGAGAUGGGCUGGCUCACGUAGAUGUAGAUCUGGCGAAUUCCGCGAGCUACAUGACAACGCUUGGGUCUCUCUUUACGACUCCUAAUUUCUGUACGACUUCUUCGGAUACCACGAUUUCGACGAUUUCUCCAGACGACAGUAAUGCUUCUGUGUUCCUCUGGCUUCUGAGAAAUCCGCUAAAGGGCAUUGCUUACGAAAACUCCUCUCCUGAUAAGAUUUUUGUCCUCACUUCCAAAUGGGUGAAUGACAAAUUGGAUGCAUCCAUCUGUGGUGGAGGCCAAUGCAUAGACGAAAACGAAGACUUGCUUAUGAAUAUCUGGCGGAUGAGUUUUACUCGAAUCGCGUCGCUUUUUGACCGGAAAAAGUGCUUCAACCGGCAGCAAUCUACCAAUUUCAUGUGCAACUCGAACAGCAUGACACUUGAAAUUCCGAUUUGUCAACUCAAUGGACUCACCGCUGAUGAUAUCGUUAUCAAUAAUGAAAAGUGCCCUUCGGUUGUUUCUGAAUCGAGAAAUGGAACGUAUAUGCGAUGGGAUAUUGGAUUUACCGACUGUGGAAUCGUUCCUAGAGAAAAUGGCGAUCUGGUUGAGUACAAAGCUGUGUUGAGGACGUUUAUCAGCGAAGAGACAGUCAUCAAACCGGUUAUGCCACACCUGAAUUUGGAAGUAAAAUGCGAGCAGCUUGUUGAAACCGAAUUCGAAGUGACUGAUGAGUUCCAUGCUAUUGAUGAGUUGUACUUCAAUGCUGAGACGGAGACAUACACGCCGAGAAUGGACAUGCAACUUUUCGUCGACAAAGAUUUCACCGUAGAAGCAACUACUCUCUAUGUCAAUCAAGUUAUAUAUGCCCAAGCCUCGGUUGAGUACAACGCAACAGUUCAGAUAACAAAUUGCCGGGCAUUUACUGAAGACCAACCAAAUGUGAUUUGGACGAUGAUUGAAGAUGGCUGUCUACUAGACGAUACAGUAGAAAUUCUACCGCGCGAUCCGGAGACAAAGAAGACGCGAUUUUCCUUCCUAGCGUUUCAAUUUUCAAACAACGAAGAUGGCAAUGUCAUCAUUCAAUGCGACUAUCUUCUAUGCUUGGUUGAUCGAAACUGCGCUCCUGUAUCUGACUGUAAAUAA